AUGUCAUUUCUGCCCAGCACUGCAACUGUCAUCAUGCCAUCAAACCCACUGGUGAUUAUUUGCAGCUCAGGAUACGAUACUAUGAUAUCGGCCAGCAAAUCGAGACGCAAUUCCAUUGUACCAUGGCUGCUCAGCAUCAUCGUAUAUGGGUUGGUGGCUAUGGCAAAACAUCCUUAUGUCCUAUUCGAGAGAGAUUUAGAUUCUCGACAGCAGACCCUCAUCCUGAAGCUCAGCUGUCUUGCUCUCGUAUGUUCCCUGCCGGCGGCAGAGGUCGAUGAGAUCGUGUCUGGUUCAGGGGAAUCUCCGACGCAGUUUGCUAGGUAUCCGACGGCUUCGCACUGCGGAUAUAGAGGAGGUUCGUAUUUCAGAUGCUGGAGAUAG